AGCUUAUCUUUAACCCUAGACUCCAUGUGAUAUCAUACGUUCCUUCCUUCCCCCCAUCUCUCCCUUCUUAGAAACCCCAUUACGAAUCUCGCCGACCUUUAAUCUCUCUCAUAUUUUCUUUUUCGCCAAGCAAAAAUCUUUCAACCAAUUCACACCCAUAUAUAAAAAUCUCUCUAUGAACGCCAAAGUCAUCGCCUCUAUAACGUCGCCGUCUCUUCCUCUUUUGCCCAAAACCCAACAUUUUUGAGCCCUUCAGAGACGGCGACUGGAAUAAACACCGAUCGAUCUAUCAAUUGAUUGAUCUGCUCAUCAAAUCCUAUCUAAAUUUGGUGAUUUUACCCCAAGCUAUAUAUUUAAUUUUCUGUUCUUUACAAGGGGUUUUCUUUGGAGAAGAGGUAUACAUGACUGAGAAGCAACUGAAUCGUGUGCCAAACUCAGCAGGAUACAAACCUCUAAAUUGUAAUGAAAAAUAUUUUUGGAAUCAUAUUUUUUAAAAGGUUUUUCAAAUUUACUUCUUGGUAUAGGCAUUUAUCCCCUUAUUUUUGCAGAAUGAAAAUAAGUCUUGUGGAUUUUGAAGAUAAAAUGUAGCUUAGUUGUUCAAAUGUGCACUCUUUUUUUGAAUGUGUAUGCAAGCAUGCAUGAGUUUAUAUCAAGUACAUUCUUGAUAGAAACAUAAAUCUGAACUGAUAAUUUGAUAUGUGUGUAUUUUCUUAGCUUUGAUUUCUGAUGAAAGAUAUAUGUUUUAGUGUAGUAUUUGAUUAGAGGUGUAAUUACUAUUAUGAUAGUAUUAGGAAUUUGUCGACAUCAAGCAAUGGUAGGGAGAUGGCGGCAUAAUAAGGAAGUGGAGAUGAUUUCUAAACAUGGACAUGCAAUUUCUUCAUCACCUAGUUUUAGUAGAAUGUACAAAUUAGUUGACUUUUAGGUUGACCAGUGUAAAUAGGAUUAACUUUGUGUAGAUAACAACAACAUGGCAUCAAAGGUAGUGAAAGUCUCAGCAAAUGGUCGAAGAGUGAUUCUUGAUUCAAAAAGGAAAAUAGGAACCCAAAAUCAAUUCAAAACCCAAAUAGUCAACAGCAAGUCUUUGACUUUUAGGCCCACAAUUCAAAAGCUUGGAAAGAGGAAAAGAUCAACUGAAUGCAAAAACAAAUGUGGAUCAUGUUCAAGAAAAACUUUGCUCAAAAACUACUCAAAUUUCAUCAAGAGUGGACUACCACAACGUCUACUGUAUUCCCAAGAUGGUCAAUGGGUUGACUUUUCACAAGAAGUCAUUGACUUGGUCAAAGAAGAUUUCCGUUCCAAGAAGGCUGCCAUUGAAGUGAAGGUUAAUGGGAGUCAUUUCAUGUUACAGAUUUUGUACAUGAUUCAGAUUGAUUUGAAAACCGGGGCCCAAAAGCCGAUUGCUUGGAUUGAUGACGGGGGUAAUUGCGUCUUUCCGGAAUCCCAUUCCACCUGUCACGGGAAUCAUGAUGAUGUGGAUCUUGGUGAGUCUUCUGUGACACCUGAAAUUAAGUUGCAUUUGGAGAUUGAGCUUAACAAUAAGUUUGAGGAAUGCAUGGACGAGUCAAACGUGAAGAGGAUCAAGGUUGACCAGGAAGGUCAAGGUGUAAAUGACGAAAAUGCCCCUCAAAAGAGUGAUGAGUAUGCAUCCCCGAUUUCUGAAACAAUCUGUGGGAAUGUCGAUGUUGAAACGGCUAGAAACAUGUUUGUGAUGGGAAUUGGUCAAGAUUUGAAGGUUGACAUUUUUGAUGUGAAGAAAUGUUCCGGAAGUUUCAUGGAAGCAAGACAGAAGCUUUUUCAGACACAGGUUGAAAUCACACAAAAGCUUCGUGGAAAGGCCAAUGUGGUGUAUGCUUGGUGUGUAGCCAAUGGGGAUGCGCCAUCUGGCGUUCUGUUUUAUGCUCAUAAUGGGCCAAAGCUUGGGCCUUAUGGUUAUGGUGUCCACCUGGCAGCUGUUCAAUCUGCCCACAAAAGUGCUAUGAUAUGUGAUGUUGACGAAAAUGGGGUAAAACAUAUGGUUUUAUGUCGUGUGAUUUUGGGGAAUUCAGAAGUUGUUGAAAUUGGAUCUAAACAGUUUCAUGCAAGUGAUCCAUGUUUUGAUACUGGAGUUGAUGAUUCACAAAAUCCAAAUUCUUAUAUAAUCUGGAACAUGGAUGUCAACACACACAUCUUCCCUGAAUGUACAGUUGCUUUCAAGAUGCCUCCAACUCUCAAAGGGAAUACUGUUGUUGAAGAAAGUAGGCUUGAUAUGUCAAGAGUCACUACAACUCAUGAUCAACAUAACACCUCUUCGAGUAGACCAGGGAAAAACUUCCCACCUCAAGAGAAGGUUCCUAUUCCUAGUGUUGGUUCAAGCACAGCUAAAGAUCCUAAAUCACCAUGGAUGCCAUUUUCUAUGUUGUUUGAAGCAGUUUCUGCUAAAGUGGAACCUGAUCAUAUGAGAUUGGUGCAUAUUUUGUAUGAAUCUUUUAGGGCGAAAAAAAUGAGUCGAGAAGAGUUUAUUAAGAAGCUUAGAUCGGUUGUUGGGGAUCAGAUAUUGAGGUCAACAAUAUCCAGCCUCCAAUGCAAGAAUGUUUCGAAUUCGGGAAGUGUGUCAGAAGUUAAAGAUGGGCAAGAAGUUUGAAACAGGUUAAAAACUUGGUUCCCUUUUGAUGUCUAUUAUUAUUUAUAUAUGUUGGGAUGAUUAAAGCAAAGUAGAUUUUGAUGUUUUUGGUUCUAGUAGUUUCAUUUUAUAAACUCUAAUGAUAUGUUGGUGUUUUUGGAUUGUUGUUACCUAUUUUAAAGGUAUGAUGUGUAUGGAAGGAUUUGUGGUAGUAAAACAUGGAUUGGUGCUUAUUUUCUUGUUUGGUUUUCACUUUAUUUGUUAUUUUUAGUAACA